AGAAUGAUCAUUAGGCGUAAUGCUUAAUUCAAGGCUCGGUUAAGGUUCAUGCGAUUUAGACAGUGUAAUUAAAAGUCCCGCAAGUGCCCUCGCAUACAAAUGAAGUGAUGAUCGCGAAUUUCCAGUACUACCGUAAACUUUAAUGUGCCUCAAACGGAAGAGAUUUUCCCUCGUAACCAGUUCAUGGUAGGAAGAGUCGUGCGAAACGCAAGACACGAACCCGCUUGCGCUAGUAUUCACCAAACAUAUGUGCAGUUAAGUUACGUGUUGUACACAAUACCUUACCGACUAGUGUGUUAAAUCUAGCAGUGAAUGUUAAAAAAAAGUGUAGUUGUAUAAAACUAAAUAAAUAUUAUUAACACGUGUGAGUUCGUAGUUUCACCGCAAUCCAUCAAUAGUGGGUCAUAUAUCUUUGCAAUACUAAAAUGCAUCAACAUCCAGUGAAACUUGCAGCAAUCGGAAUUGAGUUGCCGAGUUUUAAGCGUACAGUGAACAACAGUAAGGUGUGUUUCUGCAGAAGUGGAAAACAGUGAUGUGAUACAAGUGCCAGUGUAUGUCAAUGGUUCAUUCUGAACGAUCAGCUAUCGAUUAGCCAGAAAGUUGCUGCUGGUUACGUGAAAAAACCUUCAAAAAAUCAAUCAAAAUUUGUUGUCUCGUCUUAACUAACUGAUAUUUUAUGAUAACAUCAUUAUUUUUAAAUUUGUUUUGAUUGUUGAAGUUGACGUACCAAUCUUAUCGUAAUUUUAGAUAGACGAUACCAACAUUAUGAGAUGAAUGUUUUGUAUGGUUUGGCGCGCGAGUGUACAACGCAGGAUACAGACAAAUAUACAAACUUUCAAUAAAAAAAAUUGAAAGUGCCGCACCCAUCUAUUUAUUCUUAUUGCUGACACACUAGCGGCACUCCCUCCCAUCUUGAACGGCUGAAAGGCUUCAUAAUGACCUCGUCCUAUGAACGUAUCAAAUCUGAAUGCAAGCAGAAAGGUGUUUUAUGGGAAGACGAAGAUUUCCCUGCAACGCAAUCGUCCGUCUUUUACCAUCAAACGCCACCGUUCACCUUCCAAUGGAAAAGACCACACGAGAUCGUCUCAAAUCCGGUAUUCGUCAACGAUGCGUCCGCACAGUUCGAUAUUGUGCCUGGCAAGAUGGGCGAUCGUUGGCUUGUGUCGUGUCUGGGCGUACUCUACCUUUCAAAAGGGUUGUUUUAUCGAGUGGUACCGGCUGAUCAGAAUUUCGACAAACCGUACUAUGGAGUGUUUCGUUUUCGACUUUGGUGGUGUGGCGAAUGGUUAGAGGUGUUAGUUGAUGAUCGAUUACCCACAAUAAAUGGCAAGCUGGCCUUCCUUCAAGCGCAGAACACCAACUCGUUCUGGCCAGGUUUGUUGGAGAAAGCUUAUGCAAAAUUGCAUGGCUCAUAUGAAGCGUUGAAGUAUGGUACACUGCUGGACGGAUUGGCUGACUUAACUGGUGGUAUCACUGAGUCAAUAUCUAUCAAGGUAGAGAGUAAUAUCCUCAUACGACCACCCCUUCUGCAUAACCUAUUGGACACAACGAGCAUCAUAACCUGCACAAUCAACAAUGGUACCAUGACACAGAUCCGUAAUCAAACAGAGGCUUUGCCGAACGGAAUCCACGUGGGAAUUAAUUAUCGUUUGUGCUCGAUGGACAAGGCCGAAACUAUCAUGGGUGACACAGUUCAGCUAGUACGCCUACGAAAUCCUUUGGCUCAAACGCUCAGCAAAUCAUUUAACUUUAACGGCGACUGGUCAUCAUUUUCCAAUUCCUGGGAACGUGUAACAAUGAACGAAAGGAAUCGGCUCAUUGAGCAACUCGAUCAGGGUGAAUUCUGGAUGUCAUUUUUCGAUAUGACCCAAACCUUUACGCAUCUUGAAUGCGUUCAUCUUGACUCGGAUACGGCUAGGGAUGAACCUCAAUUAGCAGAUAAAAGUCGUCGCUGGCUAAUGCGACUGUAUCAGGGUGCUUGGAAACGGGGAGUUACGGCAGGUGGAUGUCGCAACAAUCCGGACUCUUUCCACAUCAAUCCACAGCUACAACUGUUUCUCAGUGAAAAAGAGGAUGUCAUCAUUUCUGUGAACCAGCAUAGCGUGCUUGAACCAAAAGUAAUCGGUUUCACAGUAUACAAUCUGAACAGCGUGCAAAACAUCAACGGUUGUCUUUCGAAAAAUUUCUUCAAGAAGCACAAAAGCUUAGUCAACUCUCAAUACACCAACUCGCGACAAAUUAGUCACCGAUGUUCACUUGAUCCUGGCCGCUAUCUUAUCAUGGCCACCACAUUCGAGCCUGCCGAGGAAGCAUCAUUCAGUGUCAGAGUUUUAGGAAGUACCAUUCGAUUGGCUCUUCUUGAAACUCAAACCAUGCUUUUACUAGAUCCGUUCCCACUGCUCAACUCUAACACCAAGAUUACCAUUGAUUCAACAAAUAAUAACAACAAUAAUGGCAUCUCUUGUAGUACUGCGCAGUAUGAACCAGUUUUUAUGCAACUUGCGGAUGAUCAAAGAACGCUGAAUUGUUUUGACCUGCAAGAAUUACUCGAAGCGUGCCUUCCUAAUGAUUACAUUCGAAGCUGUGCCAGUAUAGAUGUUUGUAGACAGGUGGUAUGUUUAAUGGAUAAAACCAAUCGUGGUCGUAUAAAUUUUAACGAUUUCAACAAGUUUAUGAUCAAUCUCAAAACUUGGUGGGGAGUAUUCAAGAUGCACACAAAGGAAAAAUCGGGCAUACUGAAGGCAGAACGAUUACGAGACGCACUUUUCGAUGUUGGAUUCCAGCUCAGUACGGAUAACAUUUCCAUCCUUAUUUUACGAUAUAUGCGAAGGGAUGGAACACUUCGAUUAGCUGACUUUAUUUCAGCAAUUCUGCAUCUAACUAUGGCUUUCGAGUUGUUCAAAGCAAAGGAUACGAAUCAAGAUGGAAUCAUUAGUAUGGGAAUGACUGAGGUAUAUCAUCUUGUGAUACUAUUAUUUGAUUAUGUUUUUGUCAUUAACAAAAUCAUUUAACUUUCGACCGCAGCAAUCAUCAUGAAGUAUCAUCUUUUGAUGACUUGAUUACGAAGAUGAUGAAAAUGGAUGUGACAUAACUGAAGUGCGCUCAAAACGGAAUUUUAGUUGCUUUGUUUAAUAUACUUCUUUAUGUAAUAUAUCUACUGUCAAACUUUCUUUACUCAUAAGAUAGCUAUUAUUCCGUCCACAAAACCAUAAACAUAAGUUAAACGUUGUUGUUUCUACGCAAUUGUAACCGAAUGAUGGUAGUAGCGCAUAACACACAACACGACACAACAUGCUUCUACAAAGCAGUGGAAUUCUGAAAACCUGGAGUAUGGUGGUAUCAGGAAUGUAAAUAAAUUACAUGAUUAAGUUAAACUA